UGGACACGUAAUUCUGCUGAGCGUUGCGAUGAUAAAAAAUAAAUGUGGUGAUAUUAUAAAAUAUGUAUGUCUGGUGAUGUUUGAAUUAUUAACAAGUAGUCAUAGUCUAGGUAGAGUAUACUGUGAAUAUAAUAGAUUAUCGUUACUGUGCAAGUAACGUGUUGUCUAACAAGACAUCCGCUGAUGAGAAAUGAAACUUCAUGACCGCAACAAAUCGAAUUUUACACGUGUGUAUAUGAAUGAGAUUAUAAAAUAUGUGUGUGUCGUGUUAUAGCGCGCGUGAGAAUUUUAUUGAGGGAUAAAAUUAUUACUUUCUGUGACAUCUUGCGUUGGAAAUUUUAAAAUUACUUUAACACUUUGUUACCGACAUGACAGUAGUUACCAUAGACAUAUGAUCAGUAAUCAUUCACAAAACGUUUUUAAAUGUUUAUGUUAGAGGAAUGUUUAUUAUUGGGCUUGUUAUUUGAAUUUUAAAAUGAUUUAUUUAAUUUUUAUUGAUAAGAUUGACGGAUAAUAAUUAAUUAAUCAUGGGAGUAACUGGAUUGUGGAGAUUAAUUGAAAAGUCUGGUAAACCGGUACCGCUGGAGACGUUGGAAGGAAAAAUUCUUGCUAUUGAUAUAUCUAUCUGGAUUCAUCAAGCACUGCAGGGUUAUCAAGAUCGCCGUGGACAUGCCGUACCAAAUGCACAUUUAUUACUUUUGUAUCGACGUAUCUGCAAGCUUUUGCAUUACAAAAUAAAACCAGUAUUUGUUUUUGAUGGUGGCGUUCCAUUAUUGAAGAAAAACACAAUUGCUGCGAGAAAAAAACAAAAAUCACUACUAGCUGGCAAAGCAGAUAAAGCUAAGAAUGAUUUGUUGCAUAAUCUGAUGAAAGUGUCGCUAGUAAAAGCUGUAACGUCAAAGGAUAAUGGUGAUGAGGAUAAAUCACUGUCACAAGGUUCGUCAAAACAAAGUAAAAAUAUAAAUGAUAUGUUUAUGUUACCCGAUUUACCGGAUAAUCCAGUGGAAAACGAAUCCAGUGAUUCGGAUUCUGGUAACCAGUUGAGUCCGCGUAAACACUCGAGAUGGAAAGGAAAUAUUCAUACUGUCGAUAUUUCUAAUGAUGAUUUCAAAGCUUUACCAGCCGAUGUUCGUUAUGAUAUUCUGAGUGAUUUGAAGGAAACUCGUAAACAAAAUUCUUGGGCACGUUUUAAAGAGAUACCGAAAGAAUCGCAGCAGUUCUCCAGUUACCAGAUGAUGAGAUUGCUGAAACGGAGAAAGGUACAGGAGUCGUUGGAAAUUGCUGAGAAGGAAAUGGGUGGUAAGACACUUACUUUAGAUGAGUUGGAAAAAUUAUUAACUGAUCAGGGAGUUGAUACUAAAAGUAGAGAUACUGCUUUUCGUAUUGCGUCUAAUAGUACAACGCGUUUGAUUUAUGUAAAUGAUCUUAAGUCUUUAAAAUCAAGUCAGGAGACUACGGUUACUGAUACUCAAGUCAGUAGUCAGUCUAGUUCAUUGGCAACUGAUGAUGAUUCGAAAUUAUCUGCUGUGAGUCAGGCUGGAUCUUCCCAGACAACUGAUGAUGAUUCAAAAUUACUUAUAAAUGAACCCGGUUGCUCGCAGACAGCUAAUGAUGAUUUAAAAUUAUCUGUGAUAGAUGAAGAUCCGAAAAUUUUAAAUGAUAUUGAUGAGUAUGAUCUUGAUGACGAUUGGGAUUCAGAGGUUGCAAUAAUUGACAAACCUGUUGAAUCUCCAGGUGUCAAAAAAUAUUUUGGUAAACCUGGUAACCCUGUACUUGCUUACAUGCAAGCACAGUGGGGUCUCUCGCAGGAAAAAAUUUUACAGUUUUUGGAAGAACGUAAAGAUAAAAGUAAUUCACCGGACUUGAAUAACAGCAACGGUUCAGUUAAAAGAAAAAAAUCUAGUUGUAAUAAAAAAUUGUUUGAAGUGAGGAAAAAAUCGAGGACUGAUUCUGAGUCGAGUUUCGAAUCAGUUGAUUCGAUUAAAAUUAAAGAAGUUUCCAAGCCAGAGACAAUUGAUGAAGAAAUUGUGGCUGGUUCGUCCGUCGAUAAAAUUGAAACGAUCAGUAGUUCUUCAGAUUCUGAUGAUUUUGUAGAAGUACAAGACGUUCCUAUUCCUCAAACUAAUAAAGAAAGUAAAAUUCAAGUUACUGUUAAGCCUAUCGAGCAUCUGGAUGAAGAAGAAGAUUUGUUUGCUGAUGUAUUUAAAGCUGAAGUUGACAAUAAACCAUCAGAUUUAUUUAUCUCUAAGCCAGAUCACGUAGAUCUUGAUCUGUCUACAGAUAAUUCUUUUAGUAAUAAGUCAUUAGAUAAUUCAUCAGCUAGUAGUUUAGCAGCAGAGCAAGUGAGUCCGUUGAUAAAAAAAUCAGAAGCUGAAUCCAUAAAAGUCGACGUUCCAGUAAAAGAAAAACUGAAAGCUGUUGACUUGGAAGUAAAUCCAGAUAUAGAAAAAAUUUCUGAUAAAAGUCCUGAGAAAUUUGUAAGUCAGGUACCAGAAGAAAAAGUUGCUAAUGAAGAAAUAGAAUCAAUUGAAAAUUUACCUGAACCAGUGGCAAUAAAUGAGCCAACGAUUCCAUCAGAUGAUGAAGUUCUAGCUGAAGAUCUUCCGGAAGAAAUUGUACCAGUAGUACAAAAUAAAAAACCAAAUAAAUUUAAAAAAAUGUUGUCUGAACUCGAGAGUACCAAAGAGGAAUUGAUAAAUAAAUUGAAUAAAAAAGAAAAUUUGUCGGACAUGAAGUCACAGCUGGAUAACGAAAAUCAGGAAUUGAAAAAUGAAAUUGGCAAGUUGGAGAGACAGUCACUGGAAGUUACUGAGCAGAUGCGCUGUGAUGCUCAAGAUCUUUUACGGUUAUUCGGUAUUCCAUAUUUGGUAGCACCUCAAGAAGCUGAAGCUCAAUGCGCGUACCUAGAACUUCUCAAUUUAACAGACGGCACCAUCACUGAUGACUCGGAUAUUUGGUUAUUUGGUGGUCGCUGUGUCUACAAAGACUUUUUUAAUAAUCAGAAAGAAGUUUAUGAGUAUCAAUCAAAAGACAUUGAACAUCAUUUUAAACUUACAAGGAAGCAAAUGAUCCAAUUGGCUUUUUUAGUUGGAAGUGAUUAUACCAUUGGACUGACAGGAGUUGGUACAGUAACAGCAAUGGAGAUCCUUGCUAACUUUCCAGCUGAAGGUGAUGAUAUUCUCCGGGGGUUAAUUAAUUUUAGUGCGUGGCUUCGUGGGGGAAAAUUGAGAACAGAACCAGGGAGAGCUGUGCUGAGAAAUAAACUGAAGAAUGUUGUUGUUGAUCAGGGAUUUCCUAGCCAAGCUGUCGCUCAGGCUUAUUUAUUUCCUACAGUUGACGAGAGUAAAGUUCCCUUCAGUUGGGGAAAGCCUAAUUUAGUCCUGCUGGCAGAUUACACGAGAGAAAAAUUUGGUUGGUCCAAAUUCAAGUUCGAUGAGACUAUGGGUCCUGUCAUGAAGAGAUUGUUGGAGAACAAAUCACAGAAAAAUAUCAUGGCUUACUUUAAAGUCAGCACCGUACCAAAGUCGAUUGAAGAAAAAUUAAGUAAAAGGGUACAGAAAGCCGUGAGGAAAAUGGGAACUCAUGAUAAUGCUGAUGAUCCAGAUGAUAAUCAAGAGGUCGAUCAACCGGCUGAUGAAGUAGUUAAGAAACGAAGAGUUUCGAAGAAAAAAACUAAAAUUCCUGGUAUUGUUGAUGCGAAUGCUGAGGGAGAGACUAGAGAAGACAAAUUGAAAAAAAUAAAAGAACUUGAAAAGUUACAGGAAGUUAUUCCGCAGAGAGAGAAAGACAAAGCGGAGGCGUUGGAAAAAAAAUUGAAAGCCAUUGAAGUAUUCAGAAAAUCCAGAGUCGGCCCUGGAAAUUCUAGCAAACAAAAUUCGCGCCGUAAAAAGAAUAUGAUCAAAAAAGAUGCGGGACUUUCAGAGUCCAGCAGUGAUAGUAAUUGAAUU